CGAACUCUAUCAUGGAAGCGGAAAAGACGUACAAGCUGCCGGCGCGACUGUUGACGGGUUGGAUUUGGAUACCGAUCUAUUCGACCCCGGAAAAGUGACCUCUUUCGACAUUCGAGACAUGAGUCGGAUGGGCAAGAGGCAAGAGAUGAGGCGCGUCUUCCGACAAUUCUCAAUCCUGUCGUUCACCUGUGUGAUCAUGGCGACUUGGGAGUUCCUUUUGACGGCAAACACGCAAGGCUUGGUCGACGGUGGGCGAGCUGGUCUGUUUUGGAGCUACAUCUGGACAAUCAUAGGGUUUGGGACCAUCAUCGCCUCAAUGGCUGAAAUGGCAAGUAUGGCUCCAACUUCGGGAGGGCAGUAUCAUUGGGUUUCUGAAUUCGCGCCGGAGAAGUACCAAAAAUUUCUGAGCUACACGACAGGUUGGCUCUCCGCCAUGUCGUAUCAAGCAGGCAAUGCAUCUGGGUUCUUCUUGGCGGGCACUAUCAUCCAAUGUCUGGCCAUGAUCAAUUACCCGUCGUACAGCGCACCCAAUUGGGAGAGCACGAUUUGCGUCUUGGCUGUGGUAGUUCUCUCGGGAGUCUUCAAUAUGUGCUUCUCCAGGUUCUUCCCGAUUCUCAACAAUAUCAGCAUGGUGCUCCAUAUAGCUGGCUUUGUUGCGGUCGUGGUCGUUUUGUGGGUUCUUGCACCGCACCCGCCGGCAAGUGAGGUCCUACUACACUUCAGCAAUGACGGCGGAUGGCCUUCCAUGGGACUUGCGUUGAUGGUCGGCCAGAUUAGCGCGAUCGCUGCACUUGGAUGCUCUGAUGCUGCAGCGCACAUGAGUGAGGAGGUCAGCGAUGCUGGCCUGUCGGUACCGCGCUCGAUGAUGUGGACAUUCUACAUCAAUGGAAGCACUGGCCUCAUCUUUCUGCUUUCAAUCUUGUUUGCCAUUCCCUCGGUCGAAGACGCUCUGAACGAUCCUACUGGGUACCCAUUCCUGUACAUCUUCCAGCUCGCCAUGCCAAACAGUCCCGUUGGAACCAACAUCCUGACGGUAAUCUGCGUUUGGUGUUUGAUGGUUGGAAACAUCUCCUUCACAGCGUCCUGCGCACGGCAAGUCUGGUCGCUGGCUCGCGAUCGCGGACUGCCAUUUUCUGGCUGGAUUUCUCGGAUGAAUACCAAGGUUCAUGUGCCGAUGAAUGCGACGAUUCUGACUCUCGCAUGUACGGUGUUGUUGUCGAUGAUCAAUCUCGGCUCGAAUGCAGCGUUCAACGCCAUUCUGAGUCUCCAGCUUAGCAGCUUGAUGGCCUCGUAUGCAAUUGCGAUAACCUGCAUUUUGAUUCGCAAAUUGCGGGAUCCAGCAUCACUGCCCAAAGCUCGAUGGUCACUCGGCCGACUGGGCCUCCCAUUGAAUUUCUUCGCCACUGCAUACGCCAUCUUUGCGUGCUUCUGGACCUUCUGGCCGAACGCGACGCCUGUGGACGCCGAAUCGUUCAAUUGGGCUCCAGUCAUAUUCAUUGUGGUCAUCAUAGCCGCAAUGAUCACGUAUGCCGUGCAGGGCCGGCAUGUGUACGAUGGACCUGUCAGCUUAGUGAAACGGCUAUAAUAAUAGUGAUCGGAAAUUGACGGCUGUCGCCCAGCAUGGUGAAAGUUCAUAUGGCCUUGUCGCUGCUUCUCCCAAGGCCGGGUGGAGGUUAAAGAGGAAGGGAAGAAUACUGCCAUUGCUCGAUGUCGCCUGCUGAGGCCUAAUCCUUCACCUCCGAAAGAUCUCACGCCCGCCGACGGACUGUUGCAGCGAGCUGGAUACCCGAGCGAAAGACUGGAAGAUACGAGAAGGAUGACAAUGAAUGGUCAAAAGGCACUAGGAGGCGCGAUCCUCCAAACAAAGCCCCUCUGCCAUUGAUGCUGUACCAUGACGCCAGAAACCGGCAUGCAAGUAGGAUCCGAUGGGACUGGUGAAUCACUCGCACCAAGUGCUACGCAUAAUGAGCAGGCUAUCGUGGAAAUCUCCGCACAGGACGAAGGCUGGAUGAAGAUGAAGAUGCCAGACGAACCAAGUGCCGCGAUAUGAUACCUAAGGAUGCAUUUGCAAGAGCGGACUACAAGGCUUUCGGGCUCAUCGGACGUGCUGGGUCAUUUCACGUAUCUGCAGAAAACGUACAUUGGUACGGAUGACAACGAGGCCAAAGCAGGCAACGUAGCGCAUACUGAAAGCAUUUCUUCAUCCC